AUGUUGUCUGUGGUAAUGUUUCUAACCAUCGUAUCAGUUUCGUCUUCAGUUUUAUCAGAGAAAUCAACAUCUGGAGACGCCGCAUUGAAUUUUACUGAACUUGGAUUUAAAUAUGGCCAUUCUGUCGAAGAACACGACGUGGUCACUGAAGACGGAUAUAUUUUAACUUUAUUCCACAUCCCUGGAAAGACAAAAGGGCCUGUUCUCCUAAUGCAUGGACUAUUUGAUUCUGCUGACACAUUCAUUAUAAGAGGAAAUUUAUCGUUAAUAAUUACCUUGGCUAAUAAAGGUUAUGACGUGUGGGUUGGAAAUACAAGGGGCAAUAAAUAUGGCCGGAGACAUAAAUAUUUAGAUCCUGAUGCAGGACCAAAGUUCUGGGACUUCAGUUUCCAUGAAGCUGGUUACUACGAUUUGGCUGCUUUAGUUGACUUUGUCAUAGAAUCUACAGGUGAUAAAAGCAUAAGGACAAUAGGGCAUUCUCAAGGGACUGCGAUACAUUUUGUCCUUUUGUCAACAAGGCCUGAAUAUAACAAAAAGAUCAAAGGAUUCAUCGCUCUGGCACCUAUUGCAUUCCUUAGCAACCUAAUCCCACCAGUUUCAAAAAUGGCGAAGGCAUGGCCGGUCAUAAACAAGUUUUUGGAAAGAUCAGGGGUAGAUGAGUUAGCCCAAGAUCGUUCUGCAGCUACUGAACUCACUCGGUUAUUAUGCAGUCAGGGCUUAAUAGCGUACGAUGUCUGUUAUGUACUCUUCUCUUCGCCAAUUAUCGGUUUCGAUCCUGUAAGGGUUGAACCUGAGUUUUGGGAAGUUGUAAUGGGAUACUCGCCAACUUCUACUAGUAGAAAAACUUUCGUGCAUUUCGCUCAACUUUCUACUGAGAAAAGAUUUGCUCAAUAUGAUUAUGGCACUGUAAGAAAUAUCAGAGUGUACCGAAGUCUAAUUCCACCGAACUAUGAUUUGAGUAAAGUUACUACAAAGAUCUCUUUGAUUGCUAGUGGGAACGAUAAUCUAUCCAGAUUAAAAGAUGUAGAUAUUUUAAGAACAAUGUUACCUAUUGAGCCCAAAUAUUAUGUAAUGGAACCUAUGCUAUGGAAUCAUGUUGAUUUUAUAUGGGCAAAUGACAUGCAAGAUUUUCAAUAG